GACUGCGCCUGCGCACCUCUACCCGCACGCACGCGCCUUCGCAAAGGUCCAGCUUCUAAGAAACGUGUCCCGCGCGCCACGCCGUCUGUUUCCAGGGCAGCCCGGCGCCUCUUAGCAACCGCGCGCGCUGCCUGGGUCUCCUCCCGGCGCCCCCAGCUUGCCAUGGCGGCCGCGGGUCCCAGCGUCUUCCUGCUCAUGGUCAACGGGCAGGUGGAGAGCGCCCAGUUUCCUGAGUACGAUGAUCUCUACUGCAAGUACUGUUUUGUGUACGGCCAGGACUGGGCCCCCACGGCGGGUCUGGAAGAGGGCAUCUCACAGAUCACAUCCAAGAGCCAAGAUGUGCGGCAAGCACUGGUGUGGAACUUCCCCAUCGACGUCACCUUUAAAAGCACCAACCCCUAUGGCUGGCCGCAGAUCGUGCUCAGCGUGUACGGGCCGGACGUGUUCGGGAACGAUGUGGUCCGAGGCUACGGGGCGGUGCACGUGCCUUUCUCCCCUGGCCGGCACAAAAGGACCAUCCCCAUGUUUGUCCCAGAAUCUACGUCUAAACUGCAGAAGUUUACAAGCUGGUUCAUGGGACGGCGGCCUGAGUACACAGACCCCAAGGUGGUGGCUCAGGGUGAAGGCCGGGAAGUGACGCGUGUCCGCUCCCAGGGCUUUGUCACUCUCCUCUUCAACGUGGUGACCAAGGACAUGAGGAAGCUGGGCUACGACACUGGGCCUCCAGACACACAGGGCGUCUUGGGGCCCAGCCCGCCCCCGGGCCUCCCCCGGUGAGGGCCCCUCCACUGCCCUCUGUGCAGACCAGCAGCUCUCCAGUAACGCAGGGCAUCCUUCGGGAGAGUCCGCCACGGAUCAUCUGCCUGAAGUGCAGCCUGG